AUGACGAUUGCCGUGGAGAUGAAUGAAUUAGACAAGAGGAUUAUAAGUCUCUUGCAGGUUGAUGGCCGGGCUUCCAACGCCAAGAUUGCGCGAGAGGUGGGUGUCAGCGAGGGUACCGUCCGCCGUCGGUUGCGCCGGUUGAUAAACGACAAUGUCAUUCAUAUUAUCGCUGUGCCCAAUCUGGAGCAGAUGGGGUACUCCACCGCGGCCUUGGUUGGCGUUCAGGUGGAGCCGGGCGAGGUUUCCAAUGUAGCAGACCAAGUCGCCAAACUGGAAGAGGCCCACUAUGUGGCCAUCACCUUGGGGGCGUUUGACGUGUUUGCUUGGGUGGGGCUGGAGUCUCCGGAGCAGUUGGGCAGCUUCCUCCGCCAGAAAGUGCACCCGAUUCCAGGAGUGCGGCGCACCGAAACCUUCGUCAACGACACCAUCAAGGAGCGCACUUAUGGGCUGGUCCUCUAG